UUGAUGUGAUGACAUCGAAACGCAAAAUUGCCGCUUGUGUGAUUAUUUUAAAAAUGCUGGAGAGGAAGAAAACACGUUCUGUGUGGAUUCGAGAUUGGAUUCUGAAACGUGAGAGAUAUGGUGCCUGCAGUCAGUUGAUGUCUGAGCUCUAUAUCGAGGAUCCAGCUCAGUUUUCCAACUUCCUGAGAGUCAACCCAACCAAUUUUGAGAAGCUUAUCUGUAGAAUUGGUCCUUUGGUAUCGAAACAAGAUACCAGAUUCAGAAAAGCUAUUGAUGUAACAACACGGCUUGCUGUUACAUUGCGUUUCUUAGCAACAGGUGAUUCAUACGCUAGUUUGAGCUAUUUGUUCAGGGUACCAAAAUGUACAAUUAGCAUAAUUGUUCCAGAAGUAUGCAGAGCAAUAUAUUCAGCACUGAAAGACGAUUACAUUAAGGUGCCGUCUACAUCAGAUGACUGGAACAAUAUCGCCCUCAAGUUUCAUUCAAAAUGGAACUUCCCCAAAUGUUUAGGUGCUAUCGAUGGAAAACACAUACUCGUCCAGGCGCCGGAGCAUAGCGGAAGCUACUACUAUAAUUAUAAGGGACAGCACAGUAUUGUCUUGAUGGCUAGUGUUGAUGCGGAAUACAAAUUUACCAUCAUCACAGUUGGCAGCAAUGGAAGAGUGUCAGAUGGAGGUGUUUUCAGAGCUACCGGUGUUGCUGAUUAUAUCAAGAAUGCAGUAGUUGGUCUCGAGAAGAUGCCUCUCCCAGGAAGAACAUUAUAUGUCCCAUAUGUUUUCGUCUCAGAUGACGCUUUUCCUCUGCAACCACACAUAAUGAAGCCAUACCCAUUCAAUUGCCAGGGUUCUAUGAGAAUAUUUAAUUACAGACUUUCUAGAGCAAGGAGAAUUGUUGAAAACGCAUUUGGUAUCAUGUCGAGCGUGUUCAGGGUUCUAAGAAAACCACUUUUAAUUACUCCUGAACGCGUUGAAGCAAUAGUGUUAGCCACGUGCACUUUGCAUAAUUUCUUAUUGUCAGGGAAAUCUGCUACGAAUGUAUACGCUCCUGAGGGUACGUUUGAUCGUGAAGCUUCAGAAACAGGCGAAAUUAUUCAGGGAACCUGGCGAAGUGAAAAUAUGCCAGCAGAUAAUUUGUUCCACUGGCACAACAAGGCAGCAAUAAUUACUCGAACAAUGCUAAAGAAAUACGGGAAGAGUUUAGAGAGUAUUUUAUAAGCAAUCAGGGUGAAGUUCCAUGGCAAAAUAGAUUUAUAUAGUUAAAAAAAAAACAAAUAUAUG